AUGAAUCUGGGCGAAUGGUACCGUCAAUUCAUCAUCGAUCAUCCCAUGCCCCCGAUCGAUGGCUCGAGAAUGGUGGACAAUUCAUUCACUUUACAACUCCAUCAUAAACAACGAUGGGGCUGGGUCAUCUAUCGCACCGACUAUUCUUCUGAGGAGAAUUGGACCAAGUUUCUAAAAAUGUUUGCAACGUGGACCGCGACAGGCUUUCCGCCUGAAGACUGGGUUGUAGGUCAGACGGUGCGUUCAUGGCAGCAAAUGUGGUGGAUGGACGACAAGACGAAGUUUGAGAACGCAUCCUUGGAAUCUCUUCAUGCGGAUUUUCGCUCGUGGCUCGCAGCUCAAACCCCCCAAAGUCGACAGAUAACGUUUCCUGAGCAUUACAUGUUUCUGGUGGUCGAUCGUGAGGUUCUGCAGGACAUACAACACCAGAAUCCCGGGACAGAAGACUUGGCUCGCGAUGAACUGCCAUACAUCAAAGCUUAUGACGCGGACUUAUCGGAAGAUGACCCUCAAUACCCUGGUUGGAUGAAAGUCGAAUUGACCUCAUGUUAUGCUUUGUACCACGAAGGGAUGAAGCAUGGAAGUAUGCGGGCACUGCGUUCAAGAUAUUCGGAAUGGUUCGAUGAAGAUGUGCUUGAGGAGGAAACGUAUUUGGUGGAGGAGAGUGAGUCCGACGAGGAGUGA